GGCUUUGCCCAACGCCUGCAGAUAGUGGGCACCGAGAGACCACACUCCUGCCUGCCUGAGCCCUCCCUUCCACAUCUUCCUCUCGCCAUCCCUGCUGUCCCCUGGAGGAGGUCCUGAGAGCCCACGGCCAGGGAGAUCACUGUGUUGUGACAUCAAUCAAGGCCAAGAAGGAGGAAGGAGAGGCCCACGGCCAGGCUGCAACCUGUCCAGGAGCACCCACCUCAGCCUCUUCUGCCGGAGGAUUCUCUGGCACCAUGGUUGUGCAGGGCAGUGUGGACACCAGGGACAUCAGGGUGGGCGUGCGGCUGGAGCCCUUCCUGCAUCAGGUCGGAGGGCACCUGAGCGUGAUGAAGUACGACGAGCACACGGUGUGCAAACCCCUCAUCUCCCAGGAGCAGAGAUUCUACGAAUCCCUGCCGCUGGCCAUGAAGCGGUUCACCCCACAGUACAAAGGUACCAUCACAGUGCAUCUCCGGAGAGACAGCAGGGGCCAUCUCAGCCUGGUCGCCCCCCCACUGAAGGAGAACCGGGAGCCCUUCAAGGUCUCCCCAGAUUCUGCAGCAGUGGCCAUCUGGCAGACACUUCAGCAGACCACCAGUGGCGGUGGCUCCCAGCCCCUGGCCCAGCUGGCGCACUCCCUCAAGGAGAGCCCCGCCAAGGCGCUCCUGAGGCCUGAGUUCCACCUCAACACCCAAGUCUCCUCACUGGUGCAAGAUUCUAAUGGAAACCAGGUUGAGAGGCGGGGCUUCAACCCAUGGGGCCUGCACUGCCACCAGGCCCAUCUGACCCGCCUGUGUGCUGAGUACCCAGAAGACAAGUGUCACCGGUUCUUGCUGCUGGAAAACGUAGUGUCACAGUACACACAUCCCUGUAUCCUGGACCUGAAGAUGGGGACCCGGCAGCACGGAGACGAUGCAUCCGAGGAGAAGAAGGCCCGUCACAUGAGGAAGUGUGCACAGAGCACCUCGGCCUGCCUGGGCGUGCGCAUCUGCGGCAUGCAGGUUUAUCAAACGGAUAAGAAGCACUUUCUCUGCAAAGACAAGUACUAUGGAAGAAAGCUCUCAGUGGAGGGCUUCAGACAAAGCCUUUACCAAUUCCUGCACAACGGAACCCGUCUCCGGACAGAGCUCUUGGAACCCAUCCUGCACCAGCUCCAGGCCCUCCUCUCCGUCAUCCGGAGCCAGAGCUCAUACCGGUUCUAUUCCAGCUCUCUCCUUAUCAUCUACGAUGGGCAGGAGCUCCCAGAAAGAACCCCAGGUGGCCUGCAGCCUCAGGAAGCUCCUCAGAAGGCCCGUGGCAGUGCUCCAGGAGGUCUGGCCAAAGUUGACAUUCGGAUGAUCGACUUUGCCCACACGACAUACAAGGGCUCCUGGGAUGAGCAGACCACCUACGAUGGACCAGAUCCUGGCUAUAUUUUUGGCCUGGAAAACCUCAUUGGGAUUCUGCAGGAUAUCCAGGAGGGAGAAUGAAACUUCUUGGCACGAUCUGGAAUUUUCUGGGCUACAGAUUUUGAAAAGGGACCUAUUGGUAGCUAGGAUAGGGUAGAUACCCCUUAGAUGUCUUUUCUAAUAAUCAGAUCUACCUUCAAAGGCCAUCUCUAUACAUGGCAGACUAUAUUAACCGUUGCUAAAGAAAUACGCCCCGGAGGCAAUUCCACAUGCCGGGCACCUCCUGUAAUGCUGGUCGUCUGUCGGCAGCACCGAGCAGGAGCAACAGAAGCAGAGGCCAGCACUGCAGUGAGUCUGGAGCAUUUGCAUCUACAAAUGCUUUCUUGUCAUGCUGCAGUCCUCCUGGCUGUGAGAGAAAAAAAAAAAAAAAAAAAAAAAAAAACCCUCCUGGAAGAAGUCUUGAAGAAUGAGUUCCCAAGUUCAAGGAUUUUUCUGCCUGUGUGAGCUGCCGGCUCCACGGGCACACAGAGCCAACCAGUGCCUCUUACCUUCCUAGAGGAGUGGGUAUGGGUGAGACCCACUUGCCUGUCUCACCUGCUCUAUACCCAGGUUCUCAAUGACAAGGACACAGGCUGGGGGUGCACCCUGAUUGUCGAGAGUGUGCCUCACAUGCACAAGGCCGUAGGUUUGGAUCCCCAGCACCAAGAUAAUAAUAAUCUAAAUAAAUGGACAAGGACACGCCCAGGCAUGAGCACUAGUAAACCAAGACCUUGCCUCUCCAUUUUUGCCUAUGGAGAGAAAGGUCUCUUUAUAGAUUUCCCACUGCCUACGGGAGAUGAAAACUCUGCCACAUUCUGACCACAAAAUGACUGUGACCAUGAAAUGCAACUUCCGGUGGGGGUGGAAUGCACGUGAGGAGGAACUCCUGGUGUCAAACUCUACUCUCUGCUUUCUGUUUAUUUAUUUGGGAAGGUGGGGGUGGGGGAGUCCAAAGAAAAGAACCUAGAGGACCGAGGAAACCAGGGCAAUGUUUACAAGACUGGUGGACAAGUGUAAAUAGAAAAUAAGAGCAAACAGUUCUAAUUAAUUCCUUCUUCUGCAGUGUGGGAACCUAUUACAAUGCCCUUGGGUCAAGCGCUGCGAUACGUUCCCCAAUUAGGGAAAUAAAUUUGUUAAUAAAAUUGCUGAGGUCACCAGUGAUUAUUGGUGGGCCUUAUUACCCUUUCUGUUUGUUUAUUCUGAUCAGCACACUGUAUGGCAGUUCCAAUUUAUGAGCGACUAGAGUAUACAGCAAGAAUAGCUCCCUGAUUUCCUGCAAUCC